AUGGGGAAGUCCUGGAAAGAUACAAGGCUAAGGUUGUAUGAUGAUUACUACGAGCCAACACUAUCGACUGAAGAAAAUAUCGAGAACCGUUCGCCAGGAAUUGAUCGAGAUCACUGGCGAUGGUACCUUGAUUAUCGCGCCAAACCUGAGACGAAGGAGAAGUGCAAGAAAAAUGCAUUAAAUCGAUCAAAACAGCUGUAUACACACAUUGGCGGUUCAAAAAGCCUGGCUCGGCGGAGGGAAGAAGAGUCAGAACAAGAAGGAAGGAUAGUCAGUAGAGGAGAGCUGUGGAUCAAGGUUCACAAAAGAAGUGAUGGCUCUUAUAUUAAUGAUGAGACGAGAGAAAUUGGUGAAAGACUUCUGGAGAUUGAGCAAGAACAUGAGUCUUCUAGAGUCUUGUCUCAAAAUGAUUCCCUUGCUCAGGUUUUUGGAAGAGAGAAACCGGGUAGAGUGCGUGGAGUGGGUCUUGGACCGACUCCUAGUCAACUCUUUGGUACAAAUUUGCGGCCAUCAGUAAAUCGAGUCCUAGAAGAGGAGACGCAAAGGAAGCUAAAUGAACUACAGACAGAACUGGAAGCUGAGAAGUUGAAAAGGAAGGCGAUGGAAGAUGAAGCAGCAGCAGACAAGAAAAGGAUAAAGAGUAGUGAAUCGUUGAACGUUAAUUUUGCGGCGGUUAUUUUAACAAAUGCCGCAAAAUACGUAUUUAGCGGCGGUUAUACCAGCGGUUGUUGGAAACCGCCGCUGAACUCAGUCCCCGCGCUCAUAACCAGGGCGGUCAUCAUAGCCGCCGGAAAACUGUUUUGCGGCGGUUUAAAAUCGCCGCUAAAAGGAGAAAAAAGCGCCGCUAACCUCCGCCUGUGCUGUAGUGAUUGA